AUGUCAGACGAUCCAUACUAUGUUUUUAAAGAAGAAAUAGAAUACAACUUCUUGGCAGUGAUUACGCUAUAUGAUAGUUGGAAUAGAAUUUAUAAUACAGUUUCAUCUAGGAAUAAUGAAGAGUUAAAAAGAACCGAAGAAGAAUUAGAACCAAUUAUUAAAUCUAUUGAGAUGGUUGAGAGUGACCCGGUUAAAUAUAGUUUCAUCACAUCAAAAGAUAUUGAAUCACGUCGUGAAUUCGUUGAACAAAAGAAAGAAAAAUUAAAGGAAAUUCGAUCAAACCUAAAAAACCCAUCAAGGAAAAAAUCAAAUUACAAAGAAAAUGAUAGAGAUGUAAGCUCAUUAAAAAACUAUGAUUCAUACCAUUAG